CUCGCGGAGGAAGUUCAUGUUUACCACAACAGCCGUCCUGCACAGUAUGUUAUUAACGUUAAAACUUUAAAGACGGUUAAUGCUACGGUUUUAUCUGUCAUUCAACACUGUCACAAGAAAACAUGUUAGAUGACAACACACCUGCGGAUGAAACGGGUAAGCUCGCUUGCGGAGACGAUGGGGAGAAGCCUUUAUGUGACUCAGGGGCGAGGGGAUUUAAAUCGGUACAGGAGCUCAAUACGGCGCCCUCCACCAGAUUCCUUCAGGUUGAGCUGGAGCUGAACACCCACCUCCGGCGGCUCACCUUCAGUGAGCCCGUCCGGUACAUUUACAACCCGCUGGAGUACGCCUGGGACACCCACCGCUGCUACGUUGAGAAGUACUGUCAGGGCGGACAAAGGAUCCUGUUUCUGGGCAUGAAUCCAGGACCUUUCGGCAUGGCACAGACGGGGGUCCCAUUUGGGGAAGUGAAGUCAGUUGUUGAUUGGCUGAAGAUCACAGGGGAGGUCGGUCAUCCUCCUGAAGAGCAUCCAAAGCGACGGAUCACAGGACUUGCCUGCACUCAGAGUGAAGUUAGCGGAGCACGUUUCUGGGGCUUCUUCAGGAAGUUGUGUGGCGAGCCAUCGGUGUUCUUCCAGCACUGCUUUGUGCACAAUCUGUGCCCACUCAUUUUCAUGAGUGCCAGCGGGAAGAAUUUAACCCCCCCUGAGCUGCCUGCAGCUGAACGGGAGGCCCUCCUGGCUCUCUGUGACAUUGCACUGUGCCAGGCGGUGGAGGCGUUGGGCGUCUCCAUGGUGAUCGGGGUGGGAAGGGUGGCAGAGCAGCGGGCACGGCGAGCUCUGUCUGCUGCAGGUGUCAAUGUGCGAGUUGAGGGCAUAAUGCAUCCAUCGCCCAGGAACCCACUAGCCAAUAAGGGCUGGGAGGAAGUAGCUAAAGCCAAGCUGGCAGAGCUUGGUGUCAUGUCGCUGCUGAACAACAUAUGAGCGAAUCGACCUCCUCUGACACGUUCCUCAUCAAUAGCAGCAUGGAGUGCACUCAUUCUGACAAUAGAUCGGGAUGUGGGGAGUUUGAGUAAGAGACUAUUGGGAUGCCAUCAAUGGUAAAAAGUACAGGCUCACAUUUAAGCUUUAGCGGCAGCAAACAGCUCCAAGGAGACAGUGUAAUACACUAACGGCUUCCACCUCUGUCAUCACAAAUGCUGCAAACGUCUUUUCAGCAAGCAACAGCUUUUCUUCUGGACUGUAAAGAUUCAUUCCUUUACAGAUCUGUGCAUGCACUGGGCCAAUCUUUCGGCCAAAAUCUAUACACUAAGUUUAAGGUGCUUUAUAUUGAAAAUGUAAGCUUAGGGUGUUGAAGUGUUCUUGUCUGGUAAUUUUUCUUAAGACUGUAGUUUAGGGGGAAAAGCACUGUACUUAAUAUACGUGUACAUAAAGUUUAAAUUCAGCCUCAUAACAGGCAUUAUAGCCUGUCCCAAUAUGUAUUAGCUGAUGAUAACACAAUGACCUUAACAUGACCAUAAAAAAUGGCAGUGCAGUAAAUGCACUAGACAUUGUGUUCGACAUUUUAAUUUAGUUCCAAACUGAACAACUGUCAUUAUGACUUUUCUGCACAUUAUGUAAACAAGGUCUUGCAUGUUUACAAAAAGAAGCCUUCAAGAAGAAAAACAAGUGCACACUUUACAGACCUACUGUACCUUUUGACCAAUGACAUUACAAAGUUCAGAAAUAUUCUCUUAUGACAAAAUAUAUUUUGUUAAAGUACAGUUGUAAGUAUUGUUCAUGCUGGACUACUGCACUUUUUUGUAUUCUUUUUUUAAAUUGCUUUUUAAUAGUU